CUGCUUAAAAACAAAACAAUUAAUUUGUAAUGAGUUAAUUCAGCUUUAUCAUAUAGAUAAUGCUGUUGAUUUUACAGAAUGGGUGGCUUCUGAAAUGCAAAAGUCAACAAACCAUAUUGAUGAUAUUUUAAAACCUAAUAAUAAAAGUCAAAAAUAUGUCAACCAAAUUUAA